UCCCCCAGCUUUUUUGACAGCCCUUCGGAGUACGGAUGUAAUAUUUCUUCGGUUUGUCCCUCCCCUCUCCCGGUUUCGCCCAAAACCAUCGCCAUCGUGACCGAGCCGUCGCAAUACAGUCGAGAUUGGAGCUAGGUGGGAACGCAACUACGGGAUUAAGGCGUUCAGAAUCCACUGAAACUCCCAUUUUUCACCUCCUUCCUUUCCGCUACUAUAAGGUUUCGUUUUGAUUCCACGGACAUGACGAGUCGAAUGUGGAAGAUGUAUUCAAAUUAUCUCUAUUAUAAGGGUGAGAAGACGGUGCUGUGGGACAUGAUUGAACCCUAUAGACGUCCAAAGUCUUUUACCCCUCUUGUUAUCAUCUAUGUUGCUGCAUUCUAUACUGGUGUUAUUGGUUCAGCGAUAAUGGAACAGCUCUAUAAGGAGAAAUACUGGGAAGAUCAUCCGGGGGAAGCAGUGCCAUUAAUGAGGCCAAAGUUCUAUUGGGGUCCUUGGAGAGUCUAUAACGGGGAUACUCUCCCACCCAUGAAGUAAUUCUCCAUGGGUCUCGCUAGAGAGAGACGAGCAUUGAAUUCAUGUUCUUGGUUACCAGAAUGCAGAACAACAAUGAAGCAAUUUUCCUAAGGCCACUUCUAUCUGACACUCUUCUUGCGCACUGGUUUCUGUCUGGUUUGUAUAUUUAUUUGAAUGUAUGCUAAAAUCUUCAAUCAAUAGGAGUAUCAUAUAAACUUUUUUUGUGUAUUAGACCUCUAGGCUAUUGUUUAAGCUCUUGUAAUUGGACCUUUGGUUUCAUUUGCCUGAGAAAAUUGUGCCUUCAAUAUAUUGAUCAUAUUUUAUU